GUCAAGGGGAGCCCACCCUGCCCUGUCCUGAGACACUCCACUUCUGGGGUUUGGGGACAGAGCAGGUGCAGAAGCAUUGCAGGCGUCCUGUUGCCCAGCCUCCUGAAUGAUGCCAGCCCAAUGUCCCCUAACCUCCAGUCUGGCCCUCCUGGUGCUGCUGGGCACAGCCAGAGCAGGCCCCUUCUCUCCACGGUCCAAUGUGACACUCUCAGCCCCACGACCUCCUCCCCAGCCAGGGGGUCGCACAGUGGAAGCAGGAGGGGGAAGCCCCUCUUCUCAGCUUUAUGAGCACACAGUGGAAGGAGGGGAGAAGCAGGUGGUAUUCACCCACCGAAUUAACCUGCCCCCUUCUGCUGGCUGUGGCUGUACCCCGGGCAAUGAGCCGCCAGUCCCUGCUUCAGAGGUUCAGGCCCUGAGAGUCCGGCUGGAGAUCUUGGAGGAACUGGUGAAGGGGCUCAAGGAACAGUGCACUGGGGGAUGUUGUCCUGCUGCUGCCCAGGCUGGCACAGGCCAGACAGAUGUUCGUAGCCUCUGCAGCCUCCAUGGUGUGUUUGAUCUGAGCCGCUGUGCCUGUUCCUGCGAGCCAGGCUGGGGUGGACCCACCUGCUCUGACCCCGCAGACGCUGGGAUGUCCCCCACCUCCCCGCCCUCAGCCUCUGGGUCCUGCCCUGAUGACUGCAACGAUCAGGGUCGCUGUGUCCGCGGUCGCUGCGUGUGCUUCCCCGGCUACACCGGCCCCAGCUGUGGCUGGCCCUCCUGCCCUGGGGACUGCCAAGGCCGCGGGCGCUGCGUGCAGGGCGCGUGCGUGUGCCGGGCCGGCUUCACAGGCGUCGACUGCGGCCAGCGCUCCUGCCCUCGGGGCUGCAGCCAGAGAGGGCGCUGCGAGAACGGGCGCUGCGUGUGCGAAACCGGCUACACUGGCGAGGACUGUGCGGUGAGGAGCUGCCCUCGAGGCUGCAGUCAGAGGGGGCGCUGCGAGAAAGGGCGCUGCGUGUGCGACCCCGGCUACACUGGCGAGGACUGCGGGGUGAGGAACUGCCCCUGGGACUGUGGCGAGGGCGGGCGCUGCGUGGACGGCCGCUGUGUGUGCUGGCCCGGGUACGCGGGCGAGGACUGCAGCACGCGAACGUGCCCGCGCGACUGCCGGGGCCGCGGGCGCUGCGAGGACGGCGAAUGCAUCUGCGACGUGGGCUACAGUGGGGACGAUUGCGGCGUGCGCAGCUGCCCUGGCGACUGCAACCAAAGGGGCCGCUGCGAGGAUGGCCGCUGCGUGUGCUGGCCGGGGUAUACCGGGCCUGACUGCGGCGCGCGCGCCUGCCCUCGCGACUGUAGGGGCCAUGGGCGCUGCGAGAAUGGUGUGUGUGUGUGCAACGCGGGCUACAGCGGCGAGGACUGUGGCGUGCGCAGCUGUCCCGGGGACUGUCGUGGUCGGGGCCGCUGUGAGAGUGGCCGCUGUGUGUGUUGGCCCGGGUACACUGGCCGGGACUGCGGCACGCGCGCCUGCCCUGGCGACUGUCGCGGGCGCGGGCGCUGCGUGGACGGCCGCUGCGUGUGCAACUCGGGCUUCACCGGCGAGGACUGCGGGAGCCGUCGGUGUCCCGGGGACUGCCGAGGGCACGGCCGCUGCGAGGAUGGCGUGUGCGUGUGCGACGAGGGCUAUUCGGGCGAGGACUGCAGCGCGCGCAGCUGCCCCAGGGACUGCCGAGGCCGCGGCCAGUGCCUGGAUGGGCGCUGCGUCUGCAACGACGACUAUUCGGGCGAGGACUGCGGCGUGAGGCGGUGCCCGAGCGACUGCAGCCAACACGGCGUGUGCCAGGACGGUGUGUGCACUUGCUGGGAGGGCUAUGCUGGCGAAGAUUGCGGCUUCCGCACCUGCCCCUCCAACUGCCACGGGCGCGGCCGCUGUGUGGACGGACGCUGUGUGUGCGACCCAGGCUACACUGGCCCUGCCUGCGCCACCCGCACCUGCCCAGCAGACUGCCGGGGCCGUGGGCGCUGUGUGCAGGGAGUGUGCGUGUGCCACGCGGGUUAUGGUGGCGAAGACUGCGGGCGGGAAGAGCCUCCGGCCAGCGCCUGCCCAGGGGGUUGCGGGCCCCGGGAACUGUGCCGCGCGGGUCAGUGUGUGUGUGUCGAAGGAUUCCAAGGCCCCGAUUGCGCCAUCCAGACGUGCCCUGGGGAAUGCCGCGGCCGGGGAGAGUGUCGCGAGGGUAGCUGCUUCUGCCAAGAAGGUUAUGCCGGGUAUGACUGCGGAGAAGAGGGGGUGAGUCCCCCAUUCACGGCCCGGGUGCCCAGCUCUGCUUCAGCCUAUGACCAGAGAGGAUUGGCUCCCGGUCAGGAGUACCAGGUCACGGUCCGUGCCCUUCGAGGGACCAGCUGGAGCCCUCCUGCCUCCAAGACCAUCACCACCAUGAUCGAUGGUCCCCAGGACCUCCGCGUGGUGGCUGUGACUCCAACCACACUGGAGCUCAGCUGGCUGCGCCCCCAGGCCGAGGUGGACCGAUUUGUGGUGUCCUACGUCAGUGCCGGGAACCAAAGGGUGCGACUAGAAGUGCUCCCUGACGCAGAUGGGACGCUGCUGACUGACCUGAUGCCAGGCGUGGAAUAUGUGGUGACUGUCACUGCAGAGCGGGGCCGGGCCAUUAGCUACCCGACUUCUGUCAGGGCAAACACAGCACCAGGCCACUACAGUUACCCGGAGGCGCGACCCCCAGCCCCGUCCCCCAAGCCCCGGCCCAGGCCUGCCCCGGCCCCGCAGCCCCCGAGGCCCCCGAGGCCCUCGCGGCCCGCAGAGAACGGGGAGGAGGAGUCCCGGCCUCGGCCGAGCCUGCCCCAGUCCCCCCGGCGGCCGUGGGGCAACCUGACGGCUGAGCUGGGCCGCUUCCGCGGCUCGGUGCAGGACCUGGAGCGCCACCUGCGGGCUCACGGCUACCCAUUGCGGGCCAACCAGACCUACACGUCGGUGGCGCGCCACAUCCAUGAAUAUUUGCAGCGGCAGGUGCUGGGCAGUUCCGCCGACGGCUCGCUCCUGGUAUCUCUCGACGGGCUCCGCGGCCAGUUCGAGCGCAUAGUGCUGCGCUGGCGGCCCCAGCCGCCGGCAGAGGGCCCCGGCGGGGAGCUGACCGUGCCCGGCACCACGCGCACCGUCAGCCUACCCGACCUCAGGCCCAGCACCACCUACCACGUGGAGGUCCACGGGGUGCGGGCGGGGCAGACUUCCAAGUCCUACGCCUUCAUCACCACCACAGGCCCCUCGACGACCCAAGGGGCCCGGGCCCCUCUCCUUCAGCAGCGCCCCCAGGAGCUGGGAGAGUUGAGGGUGCUGGGCAGAGACAAGACAGGGCGCCUCCACGUGACCUGGACUGCCCAGCCCGACACAUUUGCCUACUUCCAGCUACACCUGCGGGUGCCCGAGGGGCCGGGGGCUCAUGAGGAACUGCUGCCAGGGGACGUCCGCCAGGCUCUGAUGCCCCCACCCCCUCCUGGAGCCCCCUACGAGCUGUCACUUCGAGGGGUCUCCCCCGGGGGCAAGCCCUCAGCCCCUAUCAUCUACCAAGGCAUUAUGGACAGGGAUGGGGAGAAGCCUGGGAAGUCCUCGGGCCCACCACGACUGGGCGAGCUGACAGUGACCGACUUGACCUCUGACUCCCUGCUUCUGCGCUGGACAGUUCCUGAGGGCGAGUUUGACUCCUUCAUGGUCCAGUACAAGGACAGGGAUGGGCCCCAGGUAGUGCCUGUGGAGGGGCCUCAGCGCUCAGCCCGCAUCACCUCCCUGGACCCUGGCCGCAAGUACAAAUUUGUCCUGUAUGGGCUCGUGGGCAAGAAGAGGCACGGCCCCCUGAUGGCUGAAGCCAAGAUCUUGCUUCAGAGUGAUCCCAGCCCAGGGACCCCACCCCGCCUGGGAAAGCUCUGGGUGACAGACCCUACCUCAGACUCGCUGCACCUCUCCUGGACUGUCCCUGAGGGCCAGUUUGACUCCUUCAUGGUCCAAUUCAGGGACAGGGAGGGACGUCCCCAGGUGGUACCUGUGGAAGGGCCUGAGCGCUCAAUCAUCAUCUCCCCCCUGGACUCUGACCACAAGUAUAGAUUCACUCUAUUUGGGAUUGCCAACAAGAAGCGAUAUGGUCCCCUCAUGGCCGAUGGCACCACUGCCCCAGAGAGGAAAGAGGAGCCCCCGCAACCCAACUCACCCGAACAGCCUCUCCUGGGGGAACUGACGGUGACCGGCGUGACCCCAGACUCCCUACGCCUGUCAUGGACUGUGGCCCAGGGCCCCUUCGACUCCUUCGUGGUCCAGUACAAGGAUGCAGAGGGGCAGCCCCAGGCAGUACGCAUUAGUGGGGAUGAGAACGAGGUCACUGUCCCUGGCUUGGAAUCCGACCGGAAAUAUAAGAUGAACCUCUACGGGCUUCGUGGCAGGCAGCGUGUGGGGCCUGUGUCUGUGGUGGCCAAGACGGCCCCCCAGGAUGUUGUGGAUGAGACCCCUAGCCCCACAGAGUCCAGCAUGAAGACCCCAGAGCCCCCCGAGGAGCCACUUCUGGGAGAGCUGACAGUGACAGGAUCAUCCCCAGACUCGCUGAGCCUUUCCUGGACCGUCCCCCAGGGCCGCUUCAACUCCUUCACCAUCCAGUACAAAGACAGAGAUGGGCGGCCCCAGGCAGUACGUGUCGAGGGCAAGGAGAGUGAGGUCACCGUGGGGGGCCUGGAGCCUGGGCGCAAGUACAAGAUGCACCUGUACGGUAUCCAUGAGGGGCAGCGCAUGGGCCCUGUGUCCACCAUGGGAGUGACAGCCCCACAACCAGAAGAAGAGAGCCCUGCAGCCACCAACACCCCCCUGGAGCCACGCCUGGGGGAGCUAACAGUGACAGAUGUGACUCCCAACUCUGUGGGCCUCUCGUGGACUGUCCCUGAGGGCCAGUUUGACUCCUUCGUGGUUCACUACAAGGAUAGAGACGGACAGCCCCAGGUGGUGCCUGUGUCUGCAGACCAGCUUGAAGUCACAGUCCCCAACCUGGAGCCUGCAAGAAAAUACAAGAUGAACUUCUAUGGGCUACAUGGUCAGCAACGUGUUGGCCCCCUCUCUGUGAUAGCCAUGACGGCUCCCCUCCCACCAGCCCCAGCCACCUCCAGACCCCCUCUGGAGCCACGCCUGGGGGAGCUGACAGUGACAGAUGUGACCCCCGACUCCGUGGGCCUCUUGUGGACAGUCCCUGAGGGCAAAUUCGACUCCUUUGUGGUCCAGUACAAGGACAGGGACGGACAGCCCCAGGUAAUGCUGGUGGCUGCAGACCAGCGUGAGGUCACAGUCCCUGGCCUGGAGCCCUCCCGCAAGUACAAGUUCCUGCUGUUCGGGAUCUGGGAUGGGAAACGACUCAGCCCAGUCUCUGUGGAGGCAAGGACAGCUGCCGGAAGUGACACCAGCCCAGGGGCCCCACCCCGCCUCGGGGAGCUGUGGGUGGCGGACCCCACCCCAGACUCACUGCGCCUCUCCUGGACAGUCCCCGAGGGCCAGUUCGACUCUUUUGUGGUCCAGUUCAAGGACAAAGAAGGGCCCCGGGUGGUGCCUGUGGAGGGCCAUGAGCGCUCAGUCACCAUUGCCCCUCUGGACAUGGGCCGAAAGUACAGAUUCCUCCUUUAUGGCCUCCUGGGCAAGAAGCGCCAUGGCCCCCUCACUGCUGACGGCACUACGGAGUCCCAGAGUGCUGUGGAUGAUCCUGGAACAAAGCAUCCCCCAAAACUCCGUCUGGGAGAGGAGCUGCAGGUGACCAGUGUGACGCCGGAUUCCAUAGGCCUCUCAUGGACGGUCUCUGAAGGCCAAUUUGACUCCUUUGUGGUCCAGUACAAGGACAGGGAUGGGCAGCCCCAGGUGGUGCCCGUGGAGGGCAGCCUCAGGGAGGUCAGCGUCUCGGGCCUGGACCCCGCCCGCAGGUACAAGCUGCUGCUCUACGGGCUGCAUGACGGCAAGCGUGUGGGUCCCAUCUCGGCCAUCGCCAUGACUGCACCUAGGGAAGAGGCGGAAACCUCUGCACCAGCCCCUCCUGCACCUGAGCCCCGCCUUGGGGAGCUGACGGUGGAGGAAGCCACACCACACACCCUGCAUCUCUCCUGGACAGUGAUUGAGGGAGAAUUUGACUCCUUCGAGGUCCAGUCCACAGAUAGAGAUGGGCAACUCCAAGUGGUCAGUAUAGGGAGCGACCAGAAUGACAUCACCCUCUCCGGCCUGGAAUCCGACCACAGAUACCUGGUGACCGUGUAUGGUUUCCAUGAUGGGAAGCGUAUGGGUUCUGCCCAUAUCGAGGCCCUGACAGUCCCACGGGAAGAGGAUGAUCAGCCCUCAGAACCUCCCACCAUGACCCCCGAGCCUCCCCUCAAGCCGCACCUGGGGGAACUGACUGUGACAGACGCCACUCCUGACUCCCUGAGCCUCUCCUGGACAGCCCCUGAGGGCCAGUUUGACCACUUCCUGGUCCAGUACAGGAAUGGGGACGGGCAGCCCAAGGCAAUGUGGGUGCCAGGGCAUGAGGAUGGGGUCACUGUCUCAGGCCUGGAGCCAGACCACAAGUACAAGAUGAACCUGUAUGGCUUCCACAGUGGCCAGCGCAUGGGCCCCAUCUCUGUCACAGGGGUGACGGCUGCAGAAGAAGAGACCCCCGCCCCCACAGAGGUGGACGAGAUCCCCAGCCCCACAGAGCUCAGCACAGAGUCCCUGGAGCCCCCUGAGGAGCCAGUUCUGGGAGAGCUGACGGUGACAGGAUCGUCCCCAGACUCUCUGAGCCUUUCCUGGACUGUCCCCCAGGGCCACUUCGACUCCUUCACCAUCCAGUACAAGGACAGGGAUGGGCAGCCCCAGGUGGUGCGUGUUGGAGGCGAGGAGAGUGAGGUCACCGUGGGGGACCUGGAGCCUGAGCACAAGUACAAGAUGCACCUGUACGGCAUCCACGAGGGGCAGCGCAUGGGCCCCGUAUCUGCCGUGGGAGUGACAGCCCCCAGAGAGGAGCCCCCUGAUGCUCCUGUUCUGAAGCCACGUCUAGGGGAGAUGACAGUGACAGACGCCACCCCUGACUCCUUGAACCUCUCCUGGACAGUCCCCGAGGGCCAGUUUGACCACUUCCUGGUCCAGUACAGGAAUGGGGAUGGGCAGCCCAAGGCAAUGCGGGUGCCAGGGCAUGAGGAUGGGGUCACUGUCUCAGGCCUGGAGCCAGACCACAAGUAUAAGAUGAACCUCUACGGCUUCCAUGGUGGCCAGCGCAUAGGCCCCGUCUCUGUUUUCGGUUUAACUGCCCCAGGGAAGGGCGAAGAAAUGACCCCAGCCCUGACAGAACCUCCCACCAUGACCCCCGAGCCUCCCAUCAAGCCACGCCUGGGGGAACUGACCGUGACAGAUGCCACCCUCAACUCCCUGAGCCUCUUCUGGAUGGUCCCUGAGGGCCAGUUUGACCACUUCCUGGUCCAGUACAGGAACGGAGACAGGCAGCCCAAGGCGAUGUGGGUGCCGGGGCAUGAGAACAGGGUCACUGUCUCUGGCCUGGAGCCAGACAACAAAUACAAGAUGAACCUGUACGGCUUCCAUGGUGGCCAGCGUGUGGGCCCCGUCUCUGUCAUUGGGGUGACUGAAGAGACCCCUGUCCCCAGUGAGGUGGACAAGACUCCCAGCCCCACAGAACCCAGCACAGAGGCCCCAGAAUCCUCUGAAGAGCCACUCCUGGGGGAGCUGACGGUGACAGGAUUGUCACCAGACUCUCUGAGUCUCUCCUGGACCGUCCCCCAGGGUCGCUUCGACUCCUUCGCUAUCCAGUACAAGGACAGGGAUGGGCGGCCCAAGGUGGUGCGUGUUGGGGGUGAGGAGAGUGAGGUCACCGUGGGGGACCUGGAGCCUGGGCACAAGUACAAGAUGCACCUGUACGGCAUCCACGAGGGGCAACGUGUGGGCCCGGUGUCCGCUGUGGGUGUGACUGCCCCCCAGGAGGUUGUGGAUGAGACUCCCAGGCCCACAGAACCGAGCAGGGAGGCUCCAGAAUCCCCCGAGGAGCCACUCCUGGGAGAGCUGACAGUGACAGGAUCAUCCCCAGACUCGCUGAGCCUCUCCUGGACCAUCCCCCAGGGCCACUUUGACUCCUUCACCAUCCAGUACAAGGACAGGGAUGGGCGGCCCCAGAUGGUGCGUAUCAGGGGCGAGGAGAGAGAAGUCACCGUGGGGGGCCUGGAGCCCAGGCGCAAGUACAAGAUGCACCUGUACGGCGUCCACAAGGGACGGCGCAUGGGUCCCGUGUCCACCAUGGGCAUCACUGCUCCAGAGGAUGAGGCUAUGACCACCCAAUUGUCUCCCACGAUGAACCCCGAGCUUCCCCUCAAGCCGCGGCUGGGGGAGCUGACCGUGACAGAUGCCACCUCCGACUCCCUGAGCCUCUCCUGGACAGUCCCCGAGGGCCAGUUUGAUCACUUCCUGGUCCAGUACAGGAAUGGGGAUGGGCAGUCCAAGGUGAUGCGGGUGCCAGGGCAUGAGGACGUGGUCACUGUCUCUGGCCUGGAGCCAGACCACAAGUACAAGAUGAACCUGUAUGGCUUCCAUGGUGGCCAGCGCAUGGGCCACAUCUCUGCCAUCGGGGUGACGGCUGCAGAAGAAGAGACCCCCACCCUCACAGAGGUAGACGAGACCCCCAGCCCCACAGAGCCCAGCACAGAGGCCCCAGAGCCCCCUGAGGAGCUACUUCUGGGGAAACUGACAGUGACAGGAUCGUCCCCAGACUCUCUGAGCCUCUCCUGGACCGUCCUCCAGGGCCACUUCGACUCCUUCACUGUCCAGUACAAGGACAGGGACGGGUGGCCCCAGGUGGUGCGUGUUGGGGGUGAGAAGAGUGAGGUCACCGUGGGGGGCCUGGAGCCUGGGCACAAGUACAAGAUGCACCUGUACGGUAUCCACGAGGGGCGACGAGUGGGCCCCGUGUCUGCCGUGGGCAUGACCGCUCCAGAGGAUGAGGCUAUGACCACCCAAUUGUCUCCCUCGACGACCCCCGAGCCUCCCCUCAAGCCACGCCUGGGGGAGCUGACCGUGACAGAUGCCACCUCCGACUCCCUGAGCCUCUCCUGGGUGGUCCCCGAGGGCCAGUUUGACCACUUCCUGGUCCAGUACCGGAAUGGGGAUGGGCAGCCCAAGGCGAUGCGGGUGCCGGGGCACGAGGACAGGGUCACCGUCUCUGGCCUGGAGCCAGACCACAAGUACAAGAUGAACCUGUAUGGCUUCCAUGGUGGCCAGCGCAUGGGCCCCAUCUCUGCCAUCGGGGUGACUGCUGCAGAAGAAGAGACACCCAACCCCACAGAAUCCAGCACAGAGGCCUCAGAGUCCACCAUGGAGCCACUCCUGGGAGAGCUGACAGUGACAGGAUCUUCCCCAGACUCACUGAGCCUCUCCUGGACCGUCCCCCAGGGCCGCUUCGACUCCUUCACCGUCCAGUACAAGGACAGGGACGGGCGGCCCCAGGUGGUGCGUGUCAGGGGCGAGGAGAGUGAGGUCACCGUGGGGGGCCUGGAGCCUGGGCGCAAGUAUAAGAUGCACCUGUACGGUGUCCACAAGGGGCAGCGCAUGGGUCCCGUGUUCGCCAUGGGAGUGACAGCUCCAGAGGAUGAGGCUAUGACCACCCAAUUGUCUCCCUCGACGACCCCCGAGCCUCCCCUCAAGCCACGCCUGGGGGAGCUGACCGUGACAGAUGCCACCUCCGACUCCCUGAGCCUCUCCUGGGUGGUCCCCAAGGGCCAGUUUGACCACUUCCUGGUCCAGUACCGGAAUGGGGAUGGGCAGCCCAAGGCGAUGCGGGUGCCGGGGCACGAGGACAGGGUCACCGUCUCUGGCCUGGAGCCAGACCACAAGUACAAGAUGAACCUGUAUGGCUUCCAUGGUGGCCAGCGCAUGGGCCCUGUCUCUGCCAUUGGGGUGACUGCUGCAGAAGAAGAGACCCCCUCCCCAACAGAGGUGGAUGAGACCCCCAGCCCCACAGAACCCAGCACAGAGGCCCCGGAGCCCCCUGAGGAGCCACUCCUGGGGGAGCUGGCAGUGACAGAAUCAUCCCCAGACUCACUGAGCCUCUCCUGGACUGUCCCCCAGGGCCGCUUUGACUCUUUCACUGUCCAGUACAAGGACAGGGACGGGCGGCCCCAGGUGGUGCAUGUUGGGGGCGAGGAGAGUGAGGUCACCGUGGGGGGCCUGGAGCCUGGGCGCAAAUACAAGAUGCACCUGUACGGCAUCCACGAGGGGCGGCGCGUGGGCCCCGUGUCCACCGUGGGCAUGACCGGCUUCCUGCCCACAGAGCCCCCUGUGGAGCCCCGCUUGGGCGAGCUGGCUGUGGCAGCAGUGACCUCAGACACAGUGCGUCUCUCGUGGACAGUGGCUCAGGGCCCCUUCGACUCCUUCCUGGUCCAGUACAGAGAUGGGCAGGGGCAGCUUCAGGCAGUGCCCGUGAGCACAGACCUCCGUGAGGUCACAGUCUCGGGUCUGGGCCCUGCCCGCAAGUAUAAGUUCCUACUCUUUGGACUCCGGGAUGGGAAGCGCCAUGGCCCAGUCUCUGUGGAUGCAAAGACUGUCCCAGACACAAAACCCUCUCCCCACCUGGGGGAGCUGACAGUGACUGAUGUGACCCCUGACUCCGCGAACCUCUUGUGGACAGUCCUUGAGGGUGAAUUUGACUCCUUCGUGAUCCAGUACAAGGACAGGGAUGGGCAGCCCCAGGUGGUGCCGGUGGCUGCAGACCAGCGGGAGGUCACCAUCCCCAGCCUGGAGCCCAAUAGGAAAUACAAGUUCCUGCUCUAUGGUCUGGCGGGCAGGAAGCGGCUGGGCCCAGUCUCUGCUGAUGGCACCACGGCUCCCCUGGAGAAGGAGCCGCAGCCCCCACCCCGCCUGGGGAAACUGACAGUGACUGGCAAGACCUCAGACUCCGUGCACCUGUCAUGGAUGGUGGCCCAGGGCCCCUUUGACUCCUUUGUGGUCCAGUACAGGGACAGGGACGGGCAGCCCCAGGCAGUGCCUGUGACCGCAGACCAGCGUGAGGUCACCAUAGUGGGACUGGAGCCUGGAAGGAAAUACAAGUUUCUGCUCUAUGGGCUCCUGGGAGGGAAGCGCCUGGGCCCUGUCUCCAUCCUGGGAGUGACAGACCCAGAAGAGGACACGCCAGCCCCAGACACCCCUGAGCCCCCUGAAGAGCCCAGCCUAGGGAUGCUGGCAGUGACUGACACAAGCCCAGACUCCCUGCGCCUCUCGUGGAGUGUGGCCCGGGGCCCCUUUGACUCCUUCGUGGUCCAGUAUCAGGACACAGAUGGGCAGCCCCAGGCCUUGCUUGUGGAUGGCGACCAGAACAAGGUCCUCAUCUCAGGCCUGGAGCCCAGCACCUCCUACCAGUUCUUUCUCUACGGCCUCCAUGAAGGGAAGCGCCUGGGGCCCAUCUCAGCUGAGAGCACCACAGGGCCAGCUCCUGCUGGUCAGACCCAAGGGGAGCCAGGGCCCCGCCUGUCCCAGCUGUCGGUGACUGAUGUGACCACCAGUUCGCUGCGGCUCAACUGGGAGGCUCCGCUCGGGGCCUUCGACUCCUUCUUGCUGCGCUUUGGGGUCCCGUCACCAAGCAGUCUGGAGCCAUAUCCACGUCCUCUGCUGCAGCGGGAACUGACUGUGCCUGGGACACGGCACUCGGCCGUGCUCCGGGACCUGCGUCCAGGGACCCUGUACAGCCUGACGCUGUAUGGGCUGCGUGGGCCCCACAAGGCCGACAGCAUCCAGGGCACUGCCCGUACCCUCAGCCCAGUUCUGGAGAGCCCCCGUGACCUCCAGUUCAGCGAAAUCAGGGAGACCUCAGCCAAGGUCAACUGGGUGCCCCCACCAUCCAGGGUGGACAGCUUCAAAGUUUCCUACCAGCUGGCAGAUGGAGGGGAGCCACAGAGCGUGCAGGUGGACGGCCGGGCCCAGACCCAGAAGCUCCAGGGGCUGAUCCCGGGCGCUCGCUACGAGGUGACUGUGGUCUCCGUCCGCAGCUUUGAGGAGAGUGAGCCGCUCACAGGCUUCCUUACCACAGUUCCUGAUGGCCCCACCCAACUGCGUGCCCUGAACUUGACUGAGGGAUCUGCCCUGCUGCACUGGAAGCCCCCCCAGAACCCUGUGGACACAUAUGAUGUCCAGGUCACAGCCCCCAGGGCCCCGCCUCUGCAGGCCGCAGCCCCCGGCAGCGCUGUGGACUACGCGCUGCACGGCCUUGUGCUCCACACCAACUACACUGCGACUGUGCGUGGCCUUCGGGGCCCCAACGUCACCUCCCCAGCCAGCAUUACCUUCACCACGGGGUUGGAGGCUCCCCAGGACUUGGAGGCCAAGGAAGUGACCCCCCGCACGGCCCUGCUCACUUGGAUUGAGCCCCAAGUCCCACCCACAGGUUACCUGCUCAGCUUCGAUACCCCUGGUGGACAGACCCAGGAGAUCCUGCUCCCAGGAGGGGUCACCUCUCACCAGCUCCUUGGCCUCUUUCCCUCCACCCCCUACAGUGCCCGGCUGCGGGCCAUGUGGGGCGAGAGCUUCACUCCGCCUGUGUCCACCUCCUUCACCACUGGUGGACUGCGGAUCCCCUUCCCCCGGGACUGUGGGGAGGAGAUGCAGAACGGGGCCAGCACCUCCAGGACCACCACCAUCUUCCUCAACGGCAACCGCGAGAGGCCCCUGAACGUGUUUUGCGACAUGGAGACCGAUGGGGGUGGCUGGCUGGUGUUCCAGCGCCGCAUGGAUGGCCAGACGGACUUCUGGAGGGACUGGGAGGACUAUGCCCAUGGUUUUGGGAACAUCUCUGGGGAAUUCUGGCUGGGCAAUGAGGCCCUGUACAGCCUGACGCAGGCUGGUGACUACUCCAUGCGCGUAGACUUGCGGGCUGGGGACGAGGCCGUGUUCGCUCAGUAUGACUCCUUCCGAGUAGACUCAGCUGCCAACUACUACCGCCUUCACCUGGAGGGCUACCACGGCACCGCAGGGGACUCCAUGAGCUACCACAGUGGCAGUGUCUUUUCCGCUCGUGAUCGAGAUCCCAACAACUUGCUCAUCUCCUGCGCUGUCUCCUACCGAGGGGCCUGGUGGUACAGGAACUGCCACUAUGCCAACCUCAAUGGGCUCUACGGGAGCACAGUGGACCACCAGGGAGUGAGCUGGUACCACUGGAAAGGCUUUGAGUUCUCGGUGCCCUUCACGGAAAUGAAGCUGAGGCCAAGAAGCUAUCGGCCCCCGGCUGGGGGAGGCUGAGUUGCUGCCCACCUCUCUCGCACCCCAGUAUGACUGCCGAGCACUGAGGGGUCGCGCCAAGAAGAUCCGGGGCCCCCUUCAUCACCAGCCACCGGAGGAAGACUUCUCUGCCUGCGAUCUCACAGCACCAUGUUUACAGGGGGGAGGGGAGGGGUUGUAUGGGAGCAAUAAAGGAGAAAC